AUGCUCGUCUUCGCUCUACUGCUCGUCCUGCCUGCCCUGAUCAUUGCCGCUCCACCAGCCAAUCUGGAGGAAGACCUCUUCAAACUUCUGGAUGAAGAUAGUGACAACAAGAUUAGCGAGGCAGAGGCUGUCAGCUACCUUUUGGGAUUUGACGGAGACAAGGACGGCACCAUCAACGCUCAAGAGUUUGCCACCAACGUCGACAAGGUUGACCCAGCCUUCGCCGGACACGAGAAAGCUCUCUUUGAUCUUCUCGACAAAGACGCAAACGGAAAGUUAGACGGCAAGGUGAACAAGAGUGGCCUGGAGGCUGCCUUCAAACUUAUAGAUACCGACAAUAAUGGCCAAAUUUCCAGAAGCGAGUUUGGCAAAGCUUUCGCUGACAUCAUCACCAACAUUGGGGGUUAA